UGCAUUAUGCAACACAAUCCCUAUUGUCAUAGGAUUGUGUAGACUAGCUGUCUGUUCGGUAGUGUUCGUUUCGUUUGUAAAGACCAUAUCCAGCUCAAGGUGUUGCUUUCACAUUUGUGACCUUAUCUACUUUUUAAACCGCGCUUAAACAUGAGAGGAGCUAUUUUUACCGCGUUUGUGAUGGUGAUGUCUUUGUUUUGUUUGGGACAAACACUGGAGUGCUUUCGGUGUGAUCUCGGAUUCUGGGAUGUGUGUUUCACUACCAAGACAAACUGCAGUGAUGAUGAAUUGUGUUAUUUGGGAAUUGGUAAAGCAGUUUCCGUCCUGGAUAUAAAGGUGAUGGGGUGUCUUCCCAUGGAGGCAUGCAACAAGACAAAAGUUGUAGAGUUUCUUCCCAAUAAGACCCUGUACACCUUGAAGCCCUCCUGCUGUGAGGAAGACCUCUGCAAUGCCGGCCCUUCAAUGCAGUUGUCCCUUGCUCCUCUUUUGCUUGUCGUACUUCUCAUUACUGAGAUGAUGGGUGUGUUUUGAUCACUUCUAAUUUUUAUUUAUAUGGGAUUGAAAGCUUUGUUUCAUGUUUACAUUGUUCAUGUACUGUUACGGUUUUGAUCUAAAACGGCUGCUUUCAUGCCAGAGCACAUUUUGGAAGUUCUUUUCUAUCCAGUUGAUU